AAGGGAACUUCGAGCUUUGGCAAGCGCCACACCAAGACCCACGGUCUUUGCAGACGUUGCGGGAGAAUACAUGGGUCGACGGCCGCGAAGAUGAACGAAAACUAUCAACGACGUCCACCCGCUACAAGAGAACAAGAGAUUGACAAUCGAUUCACCAGUCGCCGUUCGCUCCACAACCAGAAGAAGGUCUGCGCUUCUUGCGGCUACCCUGCCGCCAAGACCCGCAAGUACAACUGGUCUGAGAAGGCCAAGCGCAGAAAGACCACCGGCACUGGUCGCCUCCGUUACCUCAGCACCGUCUCUCGCAAGUUCAAGAACGGCUUCCAGACCGGUGUCCCCAAGGGCUCCAAGGGUCCCGUCGCUGCUUAA